UCAGCUGCUCACACAGUCGCUCCCUCCAUCAGCGCGCAGGUGUAUCGCCUUGAGUUGGCGGUUUUAAACACUGAAGUGAGAUACUGAGCAGGAGGGAGAGGUCGGCACUGCCAGCUAACAUGCACAACGAUAUACUGAAAGUGUAGCUGCAUUUAUCCAUCCACUUUAGUAGGGUUUAGAGGAUUCGCGACAACGGAUUCGUGAAACCUGCAAGAGACCGUUCAGUUUCUACACUCGGUGUCGAUACUUUUCCCUGAGGAAGACAUGAACACCAACGAUGCCAAGGAAUAUCUCUCCAGAAGGGAGAUACCUCAACUCUUUGAGAGUCUCCUGACUGGUCUGAUGUACUACCGGCCAGAUGACCCUUUAGAAUAUCUAGAGACAUGCCUUAAGAAGGUGAGGGAUCUUGGUGGGACUGACAAAGUCCGGUGGGACACGUUCGUCGGGCAGGAGAAGAAGUCAUUACCGCCUCUCAAUGGUGGACAGUCACGCCGAUCCUUUUUCCGAAAUGUUCUCCCUGACAGUCCCAACUUUCCUUAUCGGCGGUACGAGCGCCUCCCACCCAUCAAUCAGUUUUCUAUCGAGAGUGACUCAGAUUUGUCUGAGACAGCAGAGCUCAUAGAGGAAUAUGAAGUUUUUGACCCAUCUCGACCCAGACCCAAAGUCAUCCUCAUUAUAGGUGGCCCAGGCAGCGGUAAAGGUACACAGUGUCUGAAGAUUGCCGAGCGCUAUGGCUUUGAAUAUGUCUCAGUGGGUGAGCUACUCAGGAAAAAGAUGAUCCACAAUGCCACCAGCAACAGGAAAUGGAGCCUGAUUGCCAGGAUAAUCACCAAUGGGGAACUGGCACCACAGGAAACAACCAUAACUGAGAUCAAGCAGAAGAUCAUGAAGAUUCCAGAGGCCAGCGGUAUAGUCAUAGACGGCUUCCCUCGAGAUGUGGGACAAGCACUUUCUUUUGAGGACCAGGUCUGUACUCCAGACUUGGUGGUGUUUCUGGCUUGUUCUAAUCAGCGUCUAAAGGAGCGCCUGGAGAAGCGCGCAGAACAGCAGGGUCGCCCGGAUGACAACCCUAAAGCUAUCGAUCGACGCUUGACUAAUUUCAAACAGAAUGCCAUUCCCCUGGUUAAGUACUUCCAAGAAAAAGGCCUCAUCGUCACACUUGAUGCAGAUCGAGAUGAAGAGGAAGUCUUUUAUGACAUCAGCAUGACAGUUGACAACAAACUGUUCCCCACCAAAGAACCUGUGGCAGGACCCAGUGAACUCGACCUCAGUCUGAUCGCAGACAGCAGCAGCCUGGCAGAUGUACCUGCCAAAUUUGAUGAGCAGGAUGAUGAAGAGGUGGCUGGAUAUGCAGAGGCGAUUGGAGAAAGUUUUCCCAUGGAGACCAAGAAGUCAAAGGUCAUCUUUGUGAUCGGUGGACCAGGAUCAGGGAAAGCUCUCCAGUCAGAAAAGAUAGAAGAGCGGUACAGUUUGAAGCGGCUGUGUCCCGGGGACAUCCUGUGCAGUGAGCUGCAGUCUCACAGCGAGAGAGGACGCUUUCUCCGAGACCUUCUGGAAAGAGGAGAGCAGCUUCCCGAGGAUACGCUGCUGGAUCUGUUGUGUGAGGCCAUGUCAUCUACUGUACGUCAGGGGAAGGGCUUCCUGGUAACAGGCUUCCCGAAGAAUGAGAAGCAGGCGCAAGAAUAUGAAGCCAAGAUGGGCCAGCCGGACAUAGUUCUGCUACUGGAAUGUUCUGCAGACAUCAUGAGUCGACGGCUACAGCAGAGGGCCACCUGCAGCCUGCACAGUAAAGAAGCCCGAGACAGAGAUACUCGCCGUAGAGUAGACGGAUUCUGCAGCCUGAUCAACCCUGUGGUCACUCACUACCAACACAGAGACGUUUUCCAUAAGAUUGAUGCUGAGCAGCCCCCGGAAGACGUCUUUGAGCACAUCUGCGUGGUCUUAGACUCCUGCUAGAGAGUUGGACUGGCACUGCCCCCUGGAGGACAAAAACAUCACCUACACUUUCACUUCAGACCGACUCCACGGCAUAUUUCCACACACACUCGCCUGCUAUCACAGCUUCUUUAUGGUACACAUACUCACUUGGAAAACUACUAAGCAGCCACCGGCGUCUGCUUAUUUCACACCAUCGCUGUUCACUGUAAAUAUAUCAACCCAACAAAUCGGCAGUGUUUAUCUCUUGGUGUCGAACCUGUGCUGUGCUAAUGCUUAAGCUAACUUUCAGCUCUAUAAAACACAAAUGAGGAUCAUUUAUGGUGCCGUUUUGCUGUUUUUUUGGACUUGUUCUGUCAGUAUCCUUGAGCAAUGAAGUUAGCAAACCUGAUUAGCAUAAGGGUCCAGCCGCUGGAGGGGCUUUGUGGUUUAUACUUCAUCAUUUAUAUUAUGCUAAGCAUGCCAGAAUUGUGAUUUGCUGUAUAUUUAAUGCAGAAAUGAUUGAGCUGGAGAUGGUUUGAAUUUCACAGUCUGGCGAUCACAGGGUCGAUUUCACAAUGAGGUCUGAUAACUGUAUUCUUAUUUAUCAACCAAAGUGAAAUAAAAGACAUUUCAUAUGUUU